AUGGUCCACUCGUUUGGUACUGCUGGCGCUUUCGCCUGCGCUCUCGCUGCUGCGGCUGCCCAGCCGUCGUACGUCUAUAAGUUUGAUGCGGCUAACGCUGCUGGAGUCGACGGUACCAUCCAGAUCAAGUACGCCGCCGAGAAUGCAUCCACUGCCACUAUCACGGCGGCUCUCGACUUCUCCCGUGUCAACCAGUCCGAUAUUGUGGCGUUCGACAACAACUGCACUAUGGACGCCGUGACAGGCUGGAAGUGGCACAUCCACACCAAGUGGAACUCGACGCUCUCGUCUGACUCGUUCAAGCAGUGCGCGAAGGCGGCGACUGCCAACCACUACGACCCGCUGCGGGCGUGUGGCCCGGUGUCCGAAUACAACGCUGAGCCUGAGUGCGAGGCCAAGAUCAAGGACUACGCUUGCAACCCGGGGAGCUACUCGGCCAACCCGUUGGCGUGCGAGAAGGGCGAUUUGUCGGGCAAGUUCGGCGCCUUCAAGGUUGCCGACGAUGGCACCGUUAAGGGAGAGUGGACGGACGAGCACUUCCCUUUGCCGUCCGAGAGCACCGAGACAUGGAGCAUCGUGUUGCACGCCAUGUGUGGCCAAGAGUCUCGUAUCGCCUGCGCUCUGCAAACGGAGACGGAGGGUGAAGUUGACCAGUCGACUCCCGUCCAGGAUUCCCCGAACCAGUCCACCCCUGCCGGAUGCGGCGUCUAA